CCAAAGUAUCUGGUUCUUGUUUCCCCUGCACCCUCGUCUGGUCCUCAGUUGCUAAGUAACCUCUGCAGGGGCCGGAUGCUGCUAGCGUCAAACACGUCAAACUGUGCCCGUUUUCAGACGCAUAAACUUAGCCAAGGAGGAUGGACGAGGGCUCCGAGUUGUCUCUGAGCAUCGCUCAGAUCGUCCAGCGGCUGAGAGGAAGCCAGUUACACUCUCAGCUGGAGAGACAAGCCAAAGAGUGUUUACAUCAACCUGACAUCAAAUUGGAGUCCCUUAAAGAGGACGUACGCACUUUUCUCAAGACAUCAGGCUGGGAAAGACAGCUACAGAAUGCAGUGUACAGAGAACUGCAUGUCCAGCUGCCCCCGAGCCAUCCCGCAGCUCCUCCAGAGCAUCUCAAAGAGCCGCUGGCCUACAUGCGCAAGGCACAGGCCAGCUGGGAGAAGCGUGUCCUCAAAAGCCUCAACAGCAUGAGUACGGAGCUUGGAGUGCCUCUGGCUCGCAUGAGGCCCGAAGCGGAGCAGAAGGAGCUCACCAACAAAUGGAACGAGAUGGGCACGGAUGAACCAGAUUUAACUCGCUUUAGGCCUGUAUAUGCCCCUAAAGACUUCCUGGAGGUGUUAAUCAGCUUGCGGAACCCGAAUCAUGAUAGCAGCGAGGACGUCGGUGUCAGGAGCCACUGGGGUCUCAUCCAGGUUCCCCUCAAUGUCAGGGACAUCCCGCAGCUGAGACAGGCCUACUCAGAGCUGAACCUGACCAGUGGGCAGCUGGGGAUUGAUGACCAUGCACACAUCCAUCCAGACCUGUUUGAAAACGAGUAUGUUCAAGUCGGGAAAAAAGUGGUUGUGGAUCAGGACAGUGCAGCAGCACAGCAGUACAGUAGGCAGGGCUGUUCCACCGGGCUCCGGGCAGACCUGUGGGCCCUCAUCCUCAACUCUACCAACCAGCCACAGGACGUGAUGCAUUAUGAGCAGCUAACGGCUGGAGUCAUACAGCAUGACCUGCUGGUGGACAACCUCAUCUAUAAGGAUGUGAAGCUCACCGCCAGUAAUGACGACUACUACUUUGUGUUUGAAGACUUCCUCUAUCAGGUGUUGCUGUGUUUCUCUCGAGACACUGCCGUCUUGGAGCACUUCAAAUACAACAGCGCCACUCCUCCCAGAUCCUUCAUUCAGGGGAAGGGAGGAGAUGAGGAGUGUGCUGUUGUUUAUCCUCCCAACGGUGUGAUCCCUUUUCAUGGGUUUUCAAUGUAUGUUGCACCUCUGUGUUUCUUGUACAACGAGCCAUCCAAGCUGUACAGCGUAUUCAGGGAAAUGUACAUCCGCUACUUCUUCAGAUUGCACUCCAUCUCCUCCUCUACCUCGGGGAUCGUGUCUUUGUGCCUGCAGUUUGAGCGGCUGCUCCAGACUCACCUGCCUCAGCUUUUCUACCACCUUCGGCAGAUCGGGGCGCAGCCGUUGCGUAUAGCCUUUAAGUGGAUGGUGCGGGCCUUUUCUGGCUAUCUGUCUACUGACCAGCUGCUUCUCCUCUGGGAUCGAAUCCUGGGAUACGAUUCCCUGGAGAUAGUUGCAGUCCUCGCAGCCGCUGUGUUUGCCUUCCGCUCCGAGAACCUGAUGGAAGUGACGUCACUGGCCUCAGCUGAGGCUGUCCUCGCCGACCUUUCAACUCUGAAGGUCAUGCCGCUCAUCCAGAUCUUUCUAUUCGCCACCGCCAUCUGAGGAGCGUGGAAGCUACAGGAUAUGAGGUAAAUAUUUGGACAGGGCAUACAGUAUUUUGGAAGCUCACCGUAGGCAUUUCUAGAGAAAAAAGGUAAGUGACAGGUAGCAGCAUUGAGGGACUUGACCUUCUGCCCCUCCACCGCCCUCCUCCCACAUGAAGCAUCUGCUCUAUUCCUCCCUCGUUGUUGGCUGCCUUCCUCCCUGCCGCCCCCUCUGCGGGCUCGUAUCGAAUUAUGCUGUUCUUUUCUUUCGCCUCUCCCUCUCUCUCCCUGCUACAUCUGCCACCUGUUUACUAGGACACCCACGGGUGACUCUUUUAUCCUGCACCUCCUUUGGCCCCCAGAAGUCUGUUCCUCCUGAGACAACGAUUACCUGCUGCUGUGUAGUUCACUCAUACAGAGGUCCCUCCUGGUGGCUGGUGUGUUGUAUUGCAGGGAGAUGUGACUUCUGUCCGUCAAGAUUUCUCGUUGGAAGCCGUAUCAAGUAGUUCAGUAUGCAACAACAUAAAACAGAAGCCAAACAAGCACAGCACAGAGAAUAGCAUGUUUCGAAGACAUAUAGUAGGCUUUCUGACACCGCUGAACACCAACCCUCAGUAGAUCCAAAUAAAAAGUAUAUUAGGAUAACAGUAAGAAAGUUGGAUCCCAGACCAGCACACCUGAGCAUGCAAUAAGUCAUAUGUAAUGUCACCGAAAGCUGGAGUCUGUAAUAAGGUUUGCUCUUUACUGCAAGCAAUGUAGCCUCAUUUUCCCCUGGUUCAUCUCUUUGAAAAGAUGGAACAGAUGUGCCGUUUUAAUCAAUACCUGCUGUCCACACAGGGUCUGUGAAGGCAGGGUUUUUCUAGUGACAAUAUUUUCAUGAAAAAGAUGGUUGCUAAUGUAUUUCUAAAUUAAUUAAUUCGUAUUUGUUGGCGACUAAACAUGGAAACACGUGGAGGUUCAUUCUUGACUUUGGAAAGAGUACUAAUUUUCUCAUUUUUUUUAAAAUGAAAAAGAUUUUAAGUGGACCCUGAGUUAAGAUUUUUUAUUUAUUUUUUGUUCCAAUCCUUUUUUUCUUUUGCCAAAAACAUAGAUGUUUACAUUUCUCUACAUCUCAGUCAACAACUUUGUAAUACAUACCAUGUGUUGGGCCCAAUUAGACUCUUUACAUUUAGUUAGUUUAUGUUAUUUGAUAUGGACAUCACAGUAGCAUUAGAAUUGUAACAUAUGUACAAGAAUGCACAAGGACCAGAUGCACUGUGUUUAGUGUUUAUAGAGAAAUGCUUAUUUACCACACCUGUCCACGGGAGGCUUUUCUUUUUACUUACAUAGCUCAUUUUCUUUAAAAACGUAUUCUUCGAAAUACACCCAAAUAACGAAUUGUCAAACAUCUUAAAAGUAGCUGUUUUCUCGGACACAAAGUGAAAGAUGGAUGAAUGUGAGUGUCUUUAGAUGUGUUUUUUCAUACUUAAUCAGUGCAUGUGGUAAUAAUAACAACUUAAUGAUAGCUUGGUAAUGGUGUAAAUAGAGAAGUGGUUAAUAAUAAUAAUAAUUAUUGUUAGAGUUAUUAUUAGUAAUAGUAUGGGGUUGUGUGGGGGCAUUUAUUAUUAUUAUUAUUAGUAGUAGUAUUAUUACUAUUCUUAUUAUUAAUAGUAGUAGUGAUAAUGGUAGUAUGGCGUGGGCAGUAGUCAAGGACCCCUAAACUGACACAAAUUAGACUACAGACCCCCAUUUGAUAGGAUUUUGAACCCGGGUCCCCCAUCUGAUUUUUUUGCUUUUAAGAUGUUUUAUUACAGGAAGUGUAUGAAACCCAUGACUAAAAUAAUCAUACAUGCUGUCAUUGUGUUAUUUAUGGAUGGAAUAA